AUGUCUAGGCCUACGUUCGUCUGUGUUCCUGGUUUUUGCCACACUUCGGCUAUAUUUGGUCCCCUCAGAACUCUUCUCGGCCACUACGGAUAUCCUGUCCUCCCAGUUCAGCUUCCAUCAGUGCUUAUGAAUGGAAGUCAUGCGUCAAAUGAUCCUGCUCAGGAUACUAGAGCAAUCCGAAGUUCAGUAUCACGUCUUGUAGAAGCCGGUGACGAUGUCAUUGUAAUCCUGCAUUCCUAUGCCGGUGUUCCAGGUGGCGAUGCUUUGCAAGGCCUAGGCAAAACAGAGCGAGCACAAAGAGGCCUUAGAGGUGGAGUUCUACGAAUCGUAUUCGUCAUGGCUUGGAUAGUCCAGGAGGGAUUUAAUAUGUGUGACGAGGGAGAUUACAGUUCUUUUCCACCGUAUAUGCAUUGCAAUGCAACUUCACGUAAAAAGGCCGGCACGGUGAAUAUUGCAUCCGCAUCAGCGAUUCAAUACUUUUACAAUGACUUACCACAUGACCAUGCCGAAUACUAUGCACACAUUAUGCGCCCCCAAGCUACAUCGGCUUUGUACCACAGAACCACAGCAGCGGCAUGGCGUACAAUUCCCACCACAUAUAUUAUAUGUCCCCUCGACAACGUGCUAACAGAUGCAUACGCUCGACUCAUGCUGACUGCAGCCCAAGAAUCGGGUAGUAACAUCGAUAGUAUAGAAGUAUGCGAGGGGGCCGGAAGUUGCUGUUGGUUGGGGUCCGGAGCCGAUUGGUUCGCCGGGGUUCUACGACGGGCCGCAGGAGAGUUGGUAUGA